AUGAAGGUGGCAGAGUUCGUAGAAUGCCAGGAUAGUUCCCCAGCAAGUGGGGAAACACCACUUCCUGCAUUCAGAACUCUAACCAACAACAAUAACAAUGCUGUAACAAAUGAGGGGAACAUUAAUUGUGCUUUAACUUCUGGCUAUUUAUUCCUUCAACACAAUAUGGACAUUGGUGCAAUACCUCGAGAUAGAGAUAUGGCUUCAAGUCCUGAGACUACCAGCAUCGGUGAAAAUUAUCCUACUGGAUUUGAUGAAAGUAGUCAUUUUCAGAGAAAAGAUUUGUUUUGUCUGAGGAAACAACGGGAAUUCAUACCAGCUAAUAGAAAAGUUAAAAGUUAUUGGGAAAGAAGAAGGAGGAAUAAUGAAGCUGCGAAAAUAUCUCGAAAAAAACAUUGGUACAAUGAUGUGGUUCUUGAACAAAGAGUCUUAGAAUUGAGCAAAGAAAACCACAUGUUAAAAGCCCAGCUCGCCGCAAUUAAAGACAAAUAUGGUAUCAGUGGUGAAGCAGUUGUAAAUGUUGAACAGGUGAUGGCUUCGUUACCUACAAAUGAUGAAAUAUUUAGAAUUAUUAAGAGGACUAAGCUGAGCACUAAUGCUCUAACUCCCCCAAUAAUGUAUCCACAAUGUUCUUUGCCUAUACCUACACCUAUUAUAUACCGAACAGCUAACACAGGACCAUCCUCACCUAUAGUACCAAUUCAUCAAGUAUAUACUGAAACAGACACUUGUCAAAAUAAUGAAAAGUAUUCAUUACCAUUUAAUCCAGUCUCACCACCACUAAAUCCUCCUGUUUUAGAAGCUGCUGGAAACAGUUUGCUAAAUUUGAGCAGAAGUCAUCCUAACGAAUCCUCCAUUUCCAAUGACUUCCCUCCUGCAUCUGGAAGUAGAGAGGUCUCUCUAGCUUCAGACAACAUCCUGUCACAUAAACUGCAACAUAAAAGUCAGCUUGAGGAUGUUGCAGUUAUUGCAUUAUUGUCUCUCCACAAUAUUAAUUAA